UAGUGCAAUUUUUUUUAGAAGGGUCAAAGGUCGCUUAUUACGCCUGCGCUGGUUCAGGAAUUGUUUCAUCAUUAAAGCUAUCUUAAACAUACUUAAAUAGACACAGCUUUUGACAGUGAUUGCUACUACACACAAUAUUGUUUGCUUAGAAGUUUGGGACAUACACACACACACACACACACACAAACACAGCAGCGGUACGUUGUUUUCAGAUUUUCGGAAUUCAGACGUCGAGAGAUUUGGAAUUUGUUAUUUCUGAAAUCAUAAACUGCUUCCUAGGGUAAAUCCUAAAUUUGUUACGGCCAAAUGUAAAAAAAUAUUGUGUGUUAUUUGGGCAGAACCUUGCAGUAAUUGACGAAGUGUUUUCUGAUGUUAAUUUGCCUGAUAUAUUAAAAUGGAUAGCGUGAUACAUAAUUUGGACAACGAAACAGUUUCCCUAGAAGAGAGGGAACCUAAAAAGUCGAUUAAAAAAGCUAAACGGAAACGAUCAACUUCUGGAAUUAGGCAAGGUAAAGAGAAGCAGAAAGCAGACGAUGGAACAGCAGCGUCUACUAAGCAAAAAGCUCCUGAGGAUGAAUGUCAGACAAUAAACAUCACAGAGACAACGAAUUUGAGUUCCAGUUCUACCGGCGAACAGUUUUACAAUAAUAACAUUCUAUACGACGUCUUGAGUGAGAAAAAAAAGGAAUUUUUGCAGUCACCUGAAGUGAUACAGUUUUUAAGAAGCCAUGUGAAAAGCUCAUGACAGUUUGCUUCUACGUUAUCUUGAGACUGUGCUGUGAAACAAAUUGUGAAGGGCUCCUGUACAAUAUCUUAUCCUCUUGAAUGAUAUUGCAAACAUUGUAAUGGAUCUUGUGGAAGAUUUGUCUGGAGUUUAUUGUCUCCAAAUAAUUUUCUGUUGCAAAGUACUGUAGCAAUGCAAAUGUGCAUGCAUUCGAUUUUCGUGAAUAUAGGACUAACAAGCAUUUUUAAGAACUGGUGAAUAUGUCUCUAUUCUCAAAGAUUCUGUUGCUGAAAGAAGAUAGUAGAAAUACAGUAAUAUUUUUUAUCAAAGUC